UUCUAAAAUCAGGGUCAUCACUUCUAAUGGCUGCUCCUGUUCUUGCUAAUGAUUCUGAUGCGGUACGAAAAGAAUAUAACAUAGUUCACAACCAAGAUACAAAGUGCAUAACAAUAAGUCACAUUUAUAAGCAAACACUGCUAUCUAGAUUCAACUUCAUGAAAGGUUAUAAAAUCAUAACAGUUGAGAAAAAACAUUCUAUGAGAAAAUCCAAAGAUGCAUAUUUGCUUAGUAGGGAUGAAAUUAGAAGUUAUCGUCGCAAUUAUCAAUUUUUACACAUUGGGUUGGUACAAUUUUCUAUAUCUUGCAGGUUGCCAAAUAGCAGGGAAUCAUUCCCUUUGUCGGUAUGUUUGAGAGAUUCUCAGUACCCUAACUUUCAAGACUCUAUCUUUGUUAGUAUUGAUUCAGAUCUGUGUGUGAGUAAGGGUAACAUGAACUUUAAUUGGUUCCCAAAUUUUUCAUCCUCUUUGUCUGUUCUAGUAAAUUCAAAUAAUGGUUUGGUGGUUACUAUAGAUCCCCAAGAUGAUUCUGAAUAUUUAGAUAUUAAUUACAGGGUAUAUUUUAAAUUAAUGAAGACAUCUCUGAAACCUGAUUAUCUAUUUGAUAAUCCUGUAUUAGAGGUAAACACUGAGAAAGUAAAUGUUAUUGUCCCAAAAAUUAGUGAUCAAAGUUAAGUCCAAUCGAUGGAAUACAGAGUGUUUGAAGAUUCUUAUCAACAGAUCCACAGAAUGGGUUGAAUCAACUAAAAGUAUUUUGCUUGUUCGGUCUUUUCUUUUUUACUUUUUAAUCUAAUGUACUACUAGUAUUAUGUAUUAUGUAUUGUGAUCAAUAUGUAAUAUGCCUAGAAAUUAUGGUUUGGACUCUAUAUAAAUUAAUGGGAUUGCAUUUGGAUUAA